AAGUAUUAGUUUGGCCCCGAGAGACAGACACACAAGCAGCGUUCCGCAGAAGCUGACCUGUUGGCCAGCGCGGUUGCGGAUCAUUCAGUAAAACAUUAGAAACUGAAAAAUGUCAGUAUUCAGGGACAUUAAAUCCGUUUAUUAAAAGAAAAGCCUUAUCAAACUGUAGGCUAAUUGGUUGUCCCUUCUCUUGCUUCUCCAAAAUCUAAAAUUAGAGGACAGAAAAUAAUAUAAAAAAUCGCCCCUAUGCCCAAGGACACUUCGAAACACAUUCCAACAUGGUCUGUUUGUGGAAAUUGGACUAAAAACAAUUGCAUGUGUAUGUAAAUAAAAUUAGUUUUUUCCAUAUCUAAUAUAAAUGUGUGGUGGUUUUCUACAAACAGGUUACUCUGUUUUCUAGAAGUACGUCUUGUUUCAUGUUAAAACCACAAACCAACCUGAGUGUGAUUUCUCUUUAGUUCUGACCUCACUGCUGAGCUGCACAACAAACCAAGGUGAGAAAACUUCUUCUGUCACAGCCACAGGUGUGCAGCCUGCAACACUGAGUGGUUAACAGAUAAAAAAAGAUGUUUACAAACAUGUUGCCAGAUCUCAACCAACACUGAAAACAUGCAGAAAACUUUCAUCUAUCAGCUCAAAUCUGAGUUUAAUUCAGUGCCUGAAACUCAGAGAUCAGUUCAGCAGUGAAGAAGUGACGGUGAGAAAGUAGGAAUAUGAGGAAUGUGGAGAAAAUUAAUGCAAAUGUUCUCUCUAACCACAUCUUUCUGUCUCUUCCUCCAGCCUCUCUGACUGUGAGUCCCAGCAGCUCUCAGUUUUUCAGCUGGAAGUCUGUCUCUCUGAGCUGUGAGGAGGACGACAGCUCUGCUGGAUGGACGCUGAGGAGGAACACAACCAGAGAAACCAGGACUCAGUGUGAUGACUGGGGUGAACCAGCUGGUUCUUCCUGCAACAUCAGUUACAUUUUCCCAGUGGACAGUGGAGUUUACUGGUGUGAGUCCAGAGAGGGAGCAACCAGUAACACCAUCAGCAUCACUGUCACUGGUGGACCAGUGAUCCUGCAGAGUCCUGUCCUCCCUGUGAUGGAGGGACAUGAUGUCACUCUGCACUGUAAAACAAAGACCCCUCCCUCCAACCUCCCAGCUGGUUUCUAUAAAGAUGGCUCCCUCAUCAGGACUGAGCCUACAGGUCACAUGACCAUCCACCAUAUUAACAAGUCUGAUGAAGGCCUCUACAAGUGUGACAUCAGAGGUCGUGGAGAGUCUCCAUCCAGCUGGAUCUCUGUCACAGGUGAGGAGGUUACCUUUGAUUUCAGGACUUAUUUCAUCCAGAGAUUCACCUGA